GAGCUGGAGCCGGAGCCCAACAUCAGAGGCCCUGAGGUUGUCACCAUGGGGGAGAAUGACCCUCCGGCCGCCGAAGCCCCCUUCUCUUUCCGAUCGCUCUUCGGCUUGGAUGAUUUGAAAAUAAGUCCUGUGGUGCCAGAUGCAGAUGCAGUGGCCGCACAGAUCCUGUCCCUGCUGCCCUUGAAGUUUUUUCCGAUCAUCGUCAUUGGGAUCAUCGCCUUGAUACUGGCACUGGCCAUCGGCCUGGGCAUCCACUUCGACUGCUCUGGGAAGUACAGGUGCCGUUCGUCUUUCAAGUGCAUCGAACUGACGGCUCGUUGUGAUGGGGUCCCUGACUGCAAGGAUGGGGAGGAUGAGUACCGAUGUGUGCGGGUGAGCGGCCAGAGGGCAGCACUCCAAGUGUUCGCGGCGGCUGCGUGGAGGACCAUGUGCUCCGAUGACUGGAAAAGCCACUACACCAAGAUUGCCUGUGCGCAGCUGGGGUUUCCCAGCUACGUAAGCUCGGACCACGUCAGAGUGGACGCAAUAGAGGAGCCGUUCCAGGGUCACCUUGUGUCCAUCAACCACCUCCUGCCAGACGACAAGGUGACCACGCUCCACCACUCUGUGUACGUGAGGGAGGAAGGCUGCGCCUCAGGCCGUGUGGUCACCUUGAAGUGCUCAGCCUGUGGCACGCGGAGCGGCCCCAGCCCCCGCAUCGUGGGUGGAAACGCGUCCUCGCUCGCCCAGUGGCCGUGGCAGGUGAGCCUCCAGUUCCAGGGCCACCACCUGUGCGGGGGCUCCGUCAUCACGCCCGCGUGGAUCAUCACGGCCGCGCACUGCGUCUACGACCUGUACCAGCCCAGGGCCUGGACGGUCCAGGCGGGCCUGGUGUCCCUGACCGACAGCCCCGUGCCCUCCCACCUGGUAGAGAGGAUCGUGUACCACAGCAAGUACAAGCCAAAGCGGCUGGGCAACGACAUCGCCCUCAUGAAGCUGGCCGAGCCGCUGGCCUUCGACGAGACCAUCCAGCCCAUCUGCCUGCCCAACUCAGAAGAGACCUUUCCUGAUGGGAAACUGUGCUGGACCUCAGGAUGGGGGGCCACUGAGGACGGAGCUGGUGACGCCUCCCCUGUCCUGAACCAUGCGGCCGUCCCUUUGAUUUCAAACAAGAUCUGCAACCACAGAGACGUCUACGGCGGUAUCAUCUCCCCGUCCAUGCUCUGUGCGGGCUAUCUGAAGGGCGGUGUGGACAGCUGCCAGGGAGACAGCGGGGGGCCCCUGGUGUGCCAGGAGAUGAGACUGUGGAAGUUGGUGGGCGCGACAAGCUUCGGAAUCGGCUGUGCUGAGGUGAACAAGCCCGGAGUCUACACGCGCAUCACCUCCUUCCUGGACUGGAUCCACGAGCAGCUGGAGAGAGACCUGAAGACUUGA